UCCAAAAACUUGUAAGCAGACAGAGAAAUGGCGACUCUUUCAAUUCCACUCUCCCGAAACGGUUUGUCCCUCCGAAACUCCUCUCCCAAACGCCACGCUUUCCCCAUUCCAGAACUCCGCUCAUCUUUCAGAAUCAGUUGCUCUGCUAGAGAUGGUUCUGAAUCCAAGGGAAGUUUACUUCAAUUUAAGGAGCUUAGAGGUGCAGCUUGUGGCGUUCUUGCUGUUUGGGCUGUGACUGCUGCCUCACCUGUAAUUGCUGCCAACCAGAGGCUACCUCCAUUGUCAACAGAGCCCAAUCGGUGUGAAAAAGCAUUUGUUGGUAACACAAUAGGUCAGGCAAAUGGUGUUUAUGACAAGCCAAUUGAUCUCCGAUUCUGUGAUUACACAAAUGAGAAAUCCAACCUGAAGGGGAAGUCUCUUGCAGCAGCCCUAAUGUCAGAUGCUAAGUUUGAUGGUGCAGACAUGACAGACGUGGUGAUGUCAAAGGCAUAUGCUGCUGGAGCUAGCUUUAAGGGUGUAGAUUUCUCAAAUGCAGUUUUGGAUCGUGUUAAUUUCGAGAAAGCCAAUCUCCAAGGAGCUGUAUUUAGGAACACUGUAUUGUCUGGCUCCACCUUUAAUGAAGCUCAAUUGGAAGAUGCAGUUUUUGAGGACACCAUUAUUGGUUAUAUUGAUCUUCAAAAGAUUUGUAGAAAUACGACUAUAAAUGAUGAAGGAAGAGCUGUUCUGGGAUGUCGAUGACCUCAUCCAAUCUGAUUUUACCCACUUCUUCUUCAAUAGAAGGGUGUAAGCUGCUAUGUCGUCUCAAAGAUUUUUGUAAGGGGUAUCAAUUGAAAUAGUAGAUUUAAGAAGUUUCCAUUGAUUUUGACUUACAAAUUGAGGAGAAAGCUAUACAUGGUUCAUAUUGUAUUUCCUUUCAUUUAUCAUCUCCCAUUGAAAGGAAAGCUUGGUGGGCUACAAGCAUUUUGAUUGUGAUUC